UCUGCCCUAUUUACACCUAAAUGACAGCUAGCAGUCCGUAUUUGCUUUCGACGUUCCAUUGCUUAUGCCUCUUAGUGGUAGGCUACGGUUCCUUCAAUCUGCCUUACAGACCGCCCCCAAAAUCCAUGCCAUGAAUGUGUGUGUUUGGUUUAUCGAUGGACCACUGGCAGUAUAUGGCACAAGUGCAUCUACAUCUCUACUGGUUAAAGACUGCAAACACUUGGAUCGGGUAAUACAUUCAGCAGCUGGUCUAUGCAUUCAAAAGACGGUUGGUGUAAGACACCAAAAUGGUACAGAUGAUGGAGUCACAAUGCGAAUAUUUCAUGUAUUUCCCCGCGGUUCCCAUAUCAGACUUGUCAGACCCUGGACGCUACCGAACGCUCCCUAGACGAAGUCAUCUUUACCUGGGAGAAACAGUGCGCUUCUUGUUGGUUUUAAGGUGCAGCGAUGCGGGGAGCGACACACUCUCAAGGAACGAUAGCGCGUUUGAAUUCGGAACCGAGAGUGCGAGUGGUCGUGCAUGGAGAGAACUGGCCAGUUCGCUUUGCGCAGUGGCGAGUGUCAGUCCAGGGGAAAGCAGACAUCGCUCUUACGCUUACCUCGACCACGACCAUCAUAGUAGCGGCAAUGAAGGUCCUGAGGAGGGUGAAGAGACUGAAGGAAGACCGUCAGUUAGAAGAGAUGCCAUAGGUUGUGGCUUUAAAGAAUGCAAGCCACUGCUCAUUCAUAACAACGGCAGUGGUGUCCGUGAGUUCCGCAAGGCCCCAUUAAAGUCGCCCUUGGAUGAGCCAGUGGUCCUAAGUGAUGAGGUUAUCUUUCCCUUGACUGUCUCCCUCGAUAAACUUCCUGUCAACACACACAAGGUCAAGGUGAUGGUGACUGUUUGGAAGCAGGAGGCCGAGAAAGCGGAGGUGCAGGAGAAUGGCUACCUCACAGUCCUGCAGCAGCAAGCGCCAGCACUCACCUUCCGACAGGAUCUCAAUACCUUUAAAGCUCAGGUGAGCACAACUCUUACUGUGCUACCGCCCCCGACUGUGAGAUGCAAGCAGAUCACCGUCGCUGGGAAACAUGUCACAGUACUGAAAGUGUUAAAUGAGUGUUCCCAGGAUGAUGUUAACGUCCAUGACCUGAGGAUUCUACCAAACUUUAAUGCAUCAUAUCUACCCAUGAUGCCAGAUGGUUCAGUCUUGCUUGUUGACAAUGUCUGCCACCAAUCAGGAGAAGUUGCCAUGGCAUCGUUUUGUCGAAUGGAAAGCCUUACCUGCCGCCUACCCAGCAUGCUCAGCUCCUUGGAAGAGCAUGACUUCCUGUUUCAGCUGCAACUGAGUGACAUGCCCCCAGAGGACUCCACUGAGGGUCUUGAGGUCCCCCUAAUAGCAGUGCUCCAGUGGUCAACUACUAAAAUGCCUUUCACCAACUGUAUCUAUACACAUUACAGGCUGCCCAGUAUCAGGUUGGAUUGCCCCCGCUUUGUGAUGACCGCCAGCUGCCCCAGUACAGUCAAGACACAGGACCUUUUCCGGGUCCGCUACACCUUACUCAACAACCUACAAGACUUCCUGGCUGUGCGACUGGUCUGGACCCCUGAAGGGCGUGGCCAAAGUGAAGAUGUGAUUGGUCCUGUAGUCUGUCAGUCACCUCUCAGUAACCUUGGCCAGUGUCGCAAAGGCAGCACCCUCUCCUUCACUGUGGCCUUCCAGAUACUAAGAGCUGGACUCUAUGAGUUGAGCCAGCACAUGAAGCUGAAGCUGCAGUUCACGGCGCCAGUGUCAAACCCCCCAAUGGAUGCGCGCCCCCUCUCCCGGAAGAACAGUCCCUCCAGCCCGGCCAUGAGGGACCUGCUGGACCGGCACCAGACCAGCCUGGGCCGCUCACAGUCCUUCUCCCACCAGCAGCCUUCGCGCUCCCUCAUCAUGAGGGCAGGCAGUGCCAUGGAGCGGCGAGCCAUUACCCCUCCUGUGGGGUCGCCGGUAGGAAGGCCCCUGUACCUGCCCCCUCAGGAGAAGGCCGCCCUGUCGCUCGACAAGAUCGCCAAAAGAGAGUGCAAGGUGCUUGUGCUGGAGCCGGACCGGGACCAACUGAAACAUUUAUAAAAGCACAGAGAAGAAAAGAGAGAGAGAGAGAGAGAGAGAUCAAAGAAGCAAGAACUGAAAGGAGACUCAUGUCAUGUGUUGAAGAGACCUUGACAUUCCUUUAGGGAAUUCCUUUUAACUUCAUUCAUACAGUAUUUGCUUGUUUUGUUUUAUGAAGCCUUUUUAUUUGUGUACAAAAAAGAAUCUAGGAGACAGUGCUGCCUUUCUUCACUUCAAGAAAACAACAACUCCUUUUCUUCUUCUGCUGUUUAUGGUCAAAGCAAUGAUAUGAACCGUUUUCUAAAACAAGGCAUGGGUAAUGGUAUAUUAUUAUGCCAGUGCUUUUUCUGUGGCUCUUAAGAAUAAUGUACCAGUAUUUCAUUCUUGUACACGCAAGUGUCUUUGUAAAUAAAUGACUUGUAUGACUACAUUAACUUUCUACUAAUGGCUAUAUCUAUGAGACAAAACAUUUGCAAAAACAUCUUAAAUAUUAUCUACUGUAUUACCUGUACUGCUUUCAGAAAACCUCCUUUCUAAUAAAUAUCACUGCCUCUG